AUGCCACCCAAGACUAGGAAUCCUACUAUAAGGGAAAUUGUUGACGAAUCAAUUUCUCAAGCUCAAGGUGUUCGUCAACGAGGUCGUGUUUCAGUUCGUGCUCAAAACAGGCGUAGAGCUAGUGUUGGCGGACAUGGUUUGAAUGCUGAUGUUGAGGAGGGUGAUCAAAGGCAUGAAAAUGUCAAUGGUCAACAAGAGAUUGGACAAGUUGAGCGUCAGACAACUGCUGCAACGAGGGGUAUUGAGGUUACUUUACCAGACUUCAUGAAGCUUAAACCCCCUACUUUUUCUGGGUCUAGUGCAACUGAGGAUCCACAACAAUUCAUUGACAUUCUAGAGCGGCUUUGGAGAGCAUUGGGUUGUUCCGAAGUAAGAGCAGUAGAACUGACAUCAUUUCAACUAAUAGGCGUGGCUCGUGAUUGGUUUGAUAUAGUGUCACAUGGUAGACAAGUGGGGUCACCUCCGUUAGCAUGGAGAGAGUUUUCUCAGUUGUUCAUGGCUCGUUUUCUUCCGGAGAGUGUUAGAGAUGGAUUAGCUCAUGAGUUUGAGCGAUUGGAGCAAACAGAGAGUAUGACAGUCUCAGAGUACAGUGCUCGUUUUACACAGCUCUCUAGACAUGCUCCUUAUCCUAUCGUUUUGAGUUUGGCUCUUUUGAUUGAGCAACGACAGAAGGAAAAAGGAGGCAAUAGACAAGAUUCACAUAAGAAGCAAAGGAUUGAAGGAUCUUACAGUAACUAUUCAAACCGCGGUGGUGGAUCUAUGUUUGGUUAUCAGGGGCAACAAUGA